AUGGCCCCCCCAACAAAAUAUAAAACUGCGGCUGCUAAGCUCAAGGCGAUGAGAGCCAAGCGCACACGGUACUACACCAGGUGCCGUGAGAUGAUCCUUGUGAAGAGGAGGGAAAGAUACCAUGCUAACAAAAACCGUGAUAGCAGCAAUGACGAGUGCACGGAUGACCAUUCGGAUGAUCACCACGAAUCACUAGAGACGUUGGCUGAUUGCAUUGCCGUGGUCAAAUACGCUAAGGACGACUUCAUGCAACAUGUUCGAUCACCACGAACCUUCACCUUGGGCGUCUUCGCCGAAUACACCAAAUCUAUUCCAGACACUCCUGGAGGCCACGGGGAUCAAGAAAUCCUCAAACGUGCCAUGUCGAGUAUCGAGGACUUCCUCGAGAGAGCUACUCGAGGGCAAGAUGGCAUCCUUCAACUAUGCGGGGUUUGUGAUGAGUGGCGUGCUGCGGACCAAGUUUGCUGGAGCAUGAGGGAUACCAUUGCCAUGGUGGAAGACAUUUACUGUCACACGCUAAGUGACGGAGAUGCUGAGUUGGCCGUCGUGCAUUUGCUCAAUGGAUUCUUGUACCAGAACUACGAGUUUUGA